AUGAUUGGCCAACGGUUUACAAGUCGCGUCACAAAGCGCGCAUUCAUUUCGCUCCGUACGAAACCACUCAACCUCCCUCCUACAGGCCCUACUUUCGCCAUACCCAGCCACGAAGUCGUCGAUGAAGAAAGAUGUCCGAACUAUAUUCCCCAACACUACUAUCCAGCAAGACCGGGCGAGAUACUUGGCAAUAACUACCAGUUGCUAGCGAAGAUCGGCUGGGGCACGAGUUCGACCGUAUGGCUAGCACGAGAUAUCACAAGAUAUCGAUGGCAGUCCGAGCGAACAGUUGCUUUGAAGAUCUUGAAUAGCUGCGAUGCUAAAUCUGCUAGUGACCUUCUUGGUAUCGAGGAGACUGUUGCACAAAAGAACCCUUCACAUCUGGGCUAUUAUAUUACACGCAGCUGCCUGGAAAGCUUUGAGCUUAAGACGUCGGACAAAAUGCACCUUUGCCUUGUAUAUGAGGCAAUGCGAGAGCCAAUGUCAAUGUUUCAAAGACGCUUCAAGAACCGCAUAAUUCCUCUCCCGAUUGCGAAGGCAUAUAUUCAAUUGCUUCUUGUCGGGCUACAGUAUUUGCACGCCGAGUGCAAAAUCGUUCAUACUGAUCUGAAGCUCGCGAAUAUCCUGAUGACCUUCGAGAAUAAGAAAGCUAUCCCAAGGUUCAUUCAAGAACAAGUCACCAGGCUCCCCAUGCACUACAAGACUGAUCCAAUAACCAAUCACACCACAUACCAAAGCUAUCACGGUUUCGGGGCAAUGGACGUUGAGGACGUCGGGAAUGUACUUCCGAGAAUAACCGAUUUCGGCUCAGCAUGGCAGUUCGUCGUUGACCCGGAAACGAAGUCACAAAAUGAAGCCGUUGUCCUUGGCUAUGGAUGGGAUUUCAGCACAGAUAUAUGGAACUUUGGUGUCCUUGUUUGGAACAUCAUCGAAGGCACAGAGCUGUUUACUCAGGUUGAAGAUACUAACGGUCGAUAUGAUGCCAAAUCACAUCUGGCAGAAAUGAUCGCUCUGCUUGGUCCACCACCUAAGGGGGUAAUUGAGCGAGCAGACCAUAUGUCACAGGUAGACUUCCCUACACCAAUUAGGAUUGAGGCGGGAAAGCUGUCCAAGAAUGCCCGAGAACUCUUUGGUGGUCCUUACUUCGAUGAAGAAGGGAAAUUCCUUCACGAGGAACUCAUACCAAGUCGAAAACCGGAGGAUACAAUUCCAUCUCUUGAUGACUCGGAAAGGGAAAUUUUCUUGUCGUUUGCCAGGGACAUGCUCACGUGGAUUCCAUCGGAGAGAAAAACUGCUCGUGAGCUGAUGGAGCAUCCAUUCCUCAAUUUCGGUGGACAUGUUUCUAAAGAUGCCUUGGAAGGGCGCUCUUAG